AGGGAGAGAGGGAGGAGGCGAAGGCGAAGGCAGCAGCCCGGCAGAGAGGCAGCGAGGCCGGGAGGAUGCCGAUGCCUUCUUCGCCCUCGGGCCAGAGAGAGCGCCUCUACAAGCUGCUGGUGAUCGGGGACCUGGGGGUGGGCAAGACCAGCAUCAUCAAGCGCUACGUCCACCAGAACUUCUCCCCGCACUACAGGGCCACCAUCGGAGUGGACUUCGCCCUCAAGGUCCUCCCCUGGGACCCCGACACCCUCGUCCGCCUACAGCUCUGGGACAUCGCCGGUCAAGAAAGGUUUGGGAACAUGACACGGGUCUAUUACCGAGAAGCCAUGGGAGCAUUUAUUGUCUUUGAUGUGACCAGGCCGGCGACUUUUGAAGCAGUAACCAAAUGGAAAGAAGACUUGGACACUAAGCUGACUCUUCCGAAUGGCAAACCUGUGCCUACAGUUCUGUUGGCAAACAAAUGCGACCAGAGCAAGGAAGUGCUUGUGAACAACGGCAUCAAGAUGGAGCAAUUCUGCCAGGAGAAUGGCUUUGUGGGAUGGUUUGAAACUUCAGCUAAGGAAAACAUAAAUAUUGAUGAAGCCUCCCGAUGUUUGGUGAGACACAUCAUGGCCACUGAGAGCGACCCCGUGCUCCAGCCUGUUGAACCUGAUGUCAUCAAGCCACACUUGAAUUCCUCCAAGUUCACCAGCUGUUCAGCUUGCUUCAGAUCCUAAGCAAUUUCCAAGGUGUGUUUGGACACUGGGACUGAGCAACACGCAACUCAGGAAGAAAAGUGCCUCCAGAGCAUGUCGCCUGGCUUGUGCUGCUCCCAAGCACAAAACCAAGAUCACAAAAUCUGCAUCCUUUUCAAACAUUUGGCUGUAAAAGAAAAUCCAAAGGGCUUUAGUUCUUUUUUUACUUUUCAACUUAUUAUUUUUGUCACUGUUCUCUAGAUUGGUUGUGAAAACCUCUGCAAAUAUUUUAUAUUAAUUGUCUAAGCUGUUUCACUUCAAUGUGUUUGCUCAGGCAAAGCGCUCAUUCUGGGAAAGCUUAAACAUCAGAAGAUGAUUCUUUUUUUCUUUUGGAGAGGGUUUUGUUUAUAUGUGUGAAUUGGCCUCUUGGGAGUCUGGAACCAGGGUGGUUAAUUUUAUCACCCUCCAAAUCUUGGUGGACUGCAACUCCCAGCAGUCCUAGUCAACCUAGAUAAAGAUGAGGAAUGCUGGAUCUGCAGUUAAAUAUUAUCUGGAGAGCUCACAAUUCACAGUCAUGGUCUAUAGCUUGGGAAAAUAGUCUUUGGACUGCAGUGUCAAGAAUCCCCCUGAUUCAGGCAUUCUUUGAACUGUAGUCCAAAAACUACACACACAGAGAGAGGAAUAGAUUCCUGACUAUUUGGGGAUAUGUAUGGAGUUAUUUUCAUUAUGUAUUUUUUCUAGGGGUUAUAGAGAAAGUGUGGAAAAUAUAUUUUGCACUGGAACACAAUAAUGCUGAGAGCUGAAUACAGAUCAUACUUCCUACUAAGUAGAGAGCUUACUUUGAAACCAGAAGAUCUACCUUGGGGGGGGGGGGGAGAAUUCCUUCAUUCUGUAUUCGUAUGGAUCUAAUCUGAGAACUGCUGUAGUUCACAUCCAAGUGGGAAAUUUGCUGCAGCAUUUAGUAUGGCCUUCCUUCCCCUAUUGCCUUUUCCAUUGGACUUCAGUUUCCAUCGAUCCCUAUUAGCAGGAUUGCCGGGACUUGUAGUCCAAAACAGCUUGAGGCUACCUGGUGGGUCAUUCAUCCAUCCAUCACUUUAUUUAUAUCCCAUAUUUCUCCCAUUCUGGGACUCAAAGUGGCUUACAAAGAAGGCAUAAAAUGCAAUGAAAACAUUUAGUUUGAAAAAUAAGCAUUUAAAAUCUUACACUGAAGCAGAGAACAGCAUUGUACUUUAAAAGCUCCUGUCUUGUUAAAAUCAAUUUCCAAAGGCUUAAUGGAAAUGAUGGGUCUUAACCUGUCAUCAAAAUGAAGACCAAGAAGGAGCCAACCUACCUUCGGAAGUUCUUCCAAGGUGUGGGAACAGCCACAGAGAAGUCCUUCAGUGCCAUUCAAAGCCAUUGUCACUUAGACAGUUGUAAACAAUUUCCCAAUAUGAAGUCGAAGGCUUUCAUGUCCGGCAUCCAUAGUUUUUUGUGGGUUUUUCAGGCUAUGUGGCCAUAUUCUAAAAGAGUACUCUUCUAGAACAUGGCCACAUAGCCUAAAAACCCACAAAAAAACUAUAAUUUCCCAAUACUGUAUUUCCUUCACUUGCCAUGUCUAGUAUUUUAAACAAAGAAAAACAGCUCCGAACAACAAAACAAGUGAGACUUGAUUCUUAUUAACCAACACCACAAAGACAGUCAAGCAAGCAUCUAAUAUGUAACAUGCAGUAUUAGAUAUAAAAUGGUAAUGUAAAUGAAAUUUGUUUCUUAGGUCUAAUCUGCACUGUAGAAAUAAUGCUGCUUGACAUCACUUUAACUGCCAUGGCUCAGUGCUAGAGAAUUUUAGGAUUUCUAUUUUUGUGAGAUACUGUAUUUA